AGUUCGCGAAUUGAGAGCGCGCCCUCUUUCGCUUUCCCUAAACCCCUCACGAACCCUCUUGUUUCCCUUCGUUGCCAGCCAUGGAAACCUGUUGAGGAAUAAGAAACCCAGAGGAAGAGGGAGAAAAAAGAUGCUUUAUUUUCCUCACUGUGCUCACAGUCAUCUGCGCAAGCUUUCCUUCUUGUCCCCGAACAUUGCGCGUCUCGUGGGUUCCAAGCACUUGCUUAAAACUGCUCCUUUCAAUGUCGUGGCUUUAUUCCCUUCAUCACACAACCGUAAACGCCAUUUACCUGUUUUGUGUUCACAUCCCAAUGGAAAGUCCCAAAAUCACUGUUAUCUUCUCAAGAGCAAUGGGUCCCCUUAUUCCUCUCAUGCGGCUGUCCCCAGACCAGUGUACAUCAACGACCCAGAAGUAAAAAGAGCGAAUUUGGAUGCUUUGAAGCGGAAAUUGGAAGAGAUUGGCGUCAAAAACCUUGCAUUGGCUACUGGGGAGAACUAUCGCCUAUUCUGCCCAAUGUGCAAACGUGGUGAUUCAGAGGAGAAAAGCUUUUCUCUUUCCAUUGAUAGAGAUGGGGGAUAUGCCUUGUGGUCGUGUUUUCGAGCAAAGCGCGGGUUUAGGGGUGGCAUGAGGGCCUUUGCAGAUAGCAAGUCAUCAUAUAGCACCUCAAAUCAACAUACCCAAGUAAAGCCCAUUACGGAAGUCACGGUACAGAGCCUGCAACUAGAACCACUUUCAAAUGAGCUAGUUGGUUAUUUUGAUGAGCGACAACUGGCAAAUCUGUUGCAAUCUUGUAUAGACAGAAAGACCCGUUUAGUUGGCAAGAUCCUCCACGCCUACAUCCUCCGCAAUGGUUUCUUCACCGACACCUUCCUCUGUAAUCGGCUUAUUGAGUUCUACUCCAAAUGCAAUAACACUGAAUCUGCUCAUCACGUGUUUGAUAGAAUGCCCCAAAAGAACAUUUACUCUUGGAAUGCUAUCUUGUGUGCGUUCUGUAAAGCUGGGAACUUAGAUUAUGCUUAUGAAUUGUUUGAUCGAAUGCCUGAGAGGAAUGCUGUCUCCUGCAAUAACUUGAUUAGUGCCUUAGUACAUGGUGGGUUCAAAGGAAAAGCCUUGGAUGCAUAUGAUACGAUGAUUUCAGAAGGCUUGAUACCUACCCAUUUCACGUUGGCUAGUGUUUUGAGUGCAUGUGGUGUUGCAUUGGAUGUGGGUCGCGGUAGGAGAUGCCAUGGUAUUUCUAUUAAGAUAGGUAUUGAUAUGAAUUUGUAUGUGGGCAAUGCUUUGUUGAGUAUGUAUGCCAAGUGUGGACUGAUGAGGGAUGCAAUUCAAGUAUUUGAGGGGAUGGGGGACCCUAAUGAGGUUACAUUUACUGCAAUGAUGGCUGGGUUGGCACAUACAGACAAAGUUGUUGAGGCUUUGGAGAUGUUUAGGUUGAUGUGUAGGAAAGGGAUUCCCCUUGAUUCUGUUUCCUUUUCAAGUAUUUUAGGCGUUUGUGCUAGAGGAUUAUGUGGGGAAUCGGAUGUUUAUCAUGGUAGCGAAGGGGUUUUGUGUUAUGUGCUUGGGCAACAGGUUCAUGGUCUUACUAUUAGAACUGGAUUCGAGAGUGAUCCUCAUCUGGGUAAUUCUUUGCUUGAUAUGUAUGCAAAGCGUGGGGACAUGGAUAAUGCUGAGUUAAUUUUUAAUAAUCUUCCUCAAGUUAGUGUUGUUUCUUGGAAUAUUAUGAUAGCUGGAUAUGGACAGAAAUACCAAGGUGAGAAAGCAUUGCAGUGUAUGCAUAGAAUGCAGUACUGUGGUGUUGAACCAGAUGAAGUGACUUAUAUCAAUACACUCGCAGCAUGUAUCAGAUCUGGGGAUAUUGGAAGUGGACGUGAAUUGUUUGAUAGCAUGUCAUGCCAGAAUGUUAGUUCGUGGAACACUAUGUUAUCUGGAUAUUUCCAGAAUGGGAACCACAAGGAAGCAAUAAAUCUGUUCAGGCAGAUGCAGUUUCGAAAGAUGCAACCUGACCGAACUACUUUGGCUAUUAUUCUCAGUUCUUGUGCUGCGCUGGGGCUACAGGAGGCAGGAAAACAGGUCCAUGCUGCCUCAGUAAAGGCUGCCUUUCAUACCGAUGUCUACGUCGCUAGUGGACUUAUUAGCAUGUAUUCAAAGUGUGGGAAGACCGGAAAUUCAGAGCGUAUUUUUUACUCAUUGCCUGAAAUUGACAUCGUAUGCUGGAAUUCCAUUAUUUCCGGUUUUUCAGCUAAUUCACAAGAUAAGGAAGCUUUCAUUCUCUUCAAACAGAUGCAACAAAAGGGGAUCUCGCCUAGUCAGUUCUCUUAUUCUACUGUACUGAGUUGCUGUUCAAAGCUGUCUUCUUCUUUUCAAGGGAGACAAGUUCAUGCCAUGGUAAUAAAAGAUGGAUUUAUGGCUGAGGUCUUUGUAGGGACUUCUCUUAUUGAUAUGUAUUGUAAAUGUGGUGAUGUAGAUGCAGCCCGGCGUUUUCUAGAAAUGAUGCCUUGUAAAAAUAUAGUUACUUGGAAUGAAAUGAUACAUGGGUUUGCACAGAAUGGACGAGGGGAAGAUGCUGUUUGCCUUUACAAAGAAAUGAUUGGCUCAGGUGUGAAACCUGAUGAUAUAACCUUCGUCGCAGUUCUGACUGCUUGUAGCCAUUCAGGAAUGGUUGAUGCAGCAGUUGAGAUAUUUAAUUCUAUGCAUCAAGAAUACGAGAUGGAGCCGGCUUUAGAGCAUUAUACUUGCGUCAUUGAUUGUCUCAGCCGAGCUGGGCGGUUUCAUGAAGCUGAAGUGCUCAUAGAUAAGAUGCCAUAUAAAGAUGAUCCAGUUUUGUGGGAGGUUCUGCUUAGUUCUUGUAGAGUUCACGCUAAUGUUGGCUUAGCAGAAAGAGCGGCAGAGGAACUCUUCCGCCUGGACCCUCAAAGCUCAGUCCCCUAUGUUCUUCUUGCGAAUUUAUAUACUUCUUCUGGAAGAUGGGAUGAUGCAAGAGUCGUUAGAGAAUUAAUGAGUGAUAGAAAUGUAGUUAAAGAUCCGGGUUAUAGCUGGGUCGAAUACCAAACUGGGAUUCAAUCCGUUUCGAUGGAUGAUAAAAUAAACAUGGUUGAUGAUGAUGUUGAUGAGCGCUGCUGGGGGAGCUGACCGAGAAGGCUGCGUACACUUUCUGUGGAAACACCAAGUGUAGAGAUUUUUCUGCAGGGAGCCUUGCCGCCUUCGAUAGUAGAAGAUCAAAGAUGAUUGAGAAAGCACACGAGCUGGGGAAGCUGAUUCUUGGUGGGAGUAAGACAAACACUGCUGAAAGUGUGAAGAGCCUUGUAGCGCAUCCAAGACAGCCACACAAUUGGAUUGGAGGUCCUCCUAAUUUGUACGAUAUUAAUUUAGUGGCAGUGCUCACUUCAUAAACAAAUGUGACAAUGGGAUCGUGAUUCAUCGAAACAGAGAUCCACAAGCUCGGCCUGUGGAUCACGUACAGGUUUGUGUGCAGAAGGUACAGAAUAAGGUUGCAGGAACUAUAGGCGGAGCCUUCUUGUCGGUACAAUAGGUAGGAGAAACUCAGGCUUCAUCCUUGUCUUAUUUUUGAUUUCUCAAUUCACAUCAGAGAACUAUCAGGGGCUUCAUCUAGAGUAUAUGGACCAUAUGAAAGGGCAACUGGUGAUUACAUGGAUAUUGGUGAGGAACCAACAAGAAGAAAAUAGGUAAAUUUUGCAUUUUACUAUUCAUUACCACAAGGAUGUAUAAAAUUUGGACAGGUGAAAGUUGUUGUAAAAAUUUUCCAAAGUCAUUUGCUUUAUAAACAUGUUUGUUUUUGUAUUCAA